GUAAACCCUAGCAUCGCCUUCUGCUUCAAUCAUUUUCCCUCAAUCGAUUGCGUCUCCCAAACCCUAACCAUUCAAAUCCACCGUUUCAUCUAUGCAUCUUCUAUCGUUUCAUCUCUUCCACUUGAAAGAACCCUAGAUAUGUUUACUCUAUGAUUGAGAAAGAAACCUGGGUUAUCUAUCUCGUGAAUUUUUGAACGAAUGGUGAUGCUCGGCAAUAACACUAGCAAAUUUGUUCAUGGCGAUAGAUGAAUGAGUGUCGAUCUACGUUGGAGGGAUCUCUAUAUUGGGUGUUCUGUUUAACCAAACAACCUCUAGAAUAGCUCUGGUUGCUGAUGGCACCCGGUAUAUGUAUAGUCUUAUGAAUAGACGGGUGUAUUCCCUGCAUGUUGAUACUGGUUCAUGGCCAAUUUAUAAAGUGAAAAAGGAGGGAAGUUGAAUUACUUGGUUUAUGGGCCAUGUGUAAGGGAUUGAGAGAUCUGAAGCAAUAUAUGAUAUGCUGAAAGAGCAAAGAAGGCCGGUCUUAAGGCAAAAAUAUCCACCCUUCAGCUACAAGCACGUGAACAUUAAUCUUGGCGUUAUAUAAGCUUUGGUUGUGAAGAAACUAGAAGGUCUUUAGGGGAAUUAACAUUCCAGAUUCCAAAAUAUUUUUUAAUGAAUCGAUGACCUGAACCUGCCCUUGCCAGUUACUCAGUUUGAAUUGACCCACUCGUGUUGCCAGAGUAUAAAAACCUCAGCUAGGGUUGGUUAUUGGUUCAAAAGCUCUGCCAUUGUAGAAAUUGAGAUUUAAUAUCAAAAUGCAUUAUGGCUGGGGGGAUAAUAAUUACAACCAGGGUGGAAGAAAAAGAAACGGCGGUAGAAAAUCAAUGAAGAAAACUAAAGGCGUCGAUUUUGGUGGUGCAACCGUUGGACCUCACAAAUCCAAACAAUACUCAAACAAUCAAGAGUCUUAUGUGCCACACACAUCAUCUUUAAGUUUUGUGUUGGAUUUGGUUUGGCAGCACUAGGGUUUUGGUUUUUGAGUUCAGUGAAAUCAGUUAGCCAACAAUCAUGUCUCUGAUGCCUAGCACAUUACAAGCAGGUUGACGAUGCGACGAAGGAAGGCAGAGGUGGGAGGGAUGGAAGGACUUAAAAUAUUCUUGGUGAGGUGACCGACUACUAAUCGUUAGAGGGUGGUGAAGAAUAAUGAACUGCUUCGAUUUCGAAGAACCAGAAGAAUCUAAAGGGUUUGUCACAUUCUCAUUAACCAAUGGACCUGAAUAUCAUGUUUCUCAGAUUACAGAUGCAGUAGUAGUGGCAAGAUACCUCAAGGCAACACUUGUGAUUCCGGACAUUAGGGGAAGCCAGCUUGGCGAUUGGAGGAACUUUGGAGAUAUUUACGACAUUGAAAAGUUCGUAAGUAGUCUAGACGGAGUGGUAAAAGUAGUAAAAUCCCAACCUUCCGAAUUAUCAACAAAAGAUCUCGCUGUUUUAAGAAUUCCAAAUCGAGUAACCGAAGAAUACAUCGCAAACAACAUCGAACCCGUGUUUAAAACCAAAGGACACGUAAGGUUAGCAACUUACUUCCCUUCCGUGAACAUGAAAAGGACCUGCACACCCGAAAACGAAGAGAGAAAUUUAGUCGGAUGUUUAGCGAUGUUCGGAUCACUUGAGCUACAACCAGAGGUUCGCGAAGUGGUUGACUCGAUCGUUGAACGGCUCCAAACGUUGAGCCGUAGGUCAGACAGUGAGUUUGUUGCAGUUGACUUGAGGCUCGAUAUGCUGGAUCAAAAGGGUUGCCAGGGUUCGAAAAAAUGUUACGGCCCAGACGAGAUCGCAUUGUUCUUAAAGAAGUUAGUGUUUGAUAAAAACAGUGCGGUUUAUUUGACGCAAUCUAGGUGGGAUAACAGUCAUGAUUCAUUGAAAGAUAUCUUCCCAAAAACUUACACAAAGGAAUUGAUUAUGCCGAUGGAUAAGAAGCAGAAGUUUUUGGGAUCGGAUUCAUCAGAGUACAUUACAAAGGAAUGUUACUAAUGGAACAUCUAGUAAUAAAAUAAAUAAGAGGGUCCAUUCAUUUUUAUUGCCCUUCAAAGUAAAAAUAGAUCAAUUGCUCAGGAUACCCUUUUUUAGUUUAUAGGGUCUAUUUCUUAGUUCAAGAUCCCUCUGAAAAAGUGAUCGACUUUUACGUACGUUCAGAGAGUGAUGUGUUCGUGCCCGCAAUUUCGGGGUUGUUUUACGCAAAUGUUACAGGUAAAAGAAUAGGUUCAGGGAAGACUAAAAUAGUGGUUCCUGAUGAUUCUGCAUCCGCUGGUUCUGAACUGGGAAAUUAUAUUUCGAGAUAUGUAUCGAAGAAGACCCACAUGGCGUAUUCCGGUUUCUGCUAGAAUGAUACAAUACAGUACGAUACAAUACCCUUUGCAUAUGGAAUAAGUGCUUGUAAUGGGGGUUUAGAUUGGUUGUAUUUUACUUUUUUUUUUGGUUUUGUUUGAUUUUGAUAUAUUUAUGCAAAAAGGAGCUCUGAAGAGAGUGAAAAAAGAUAAAUCAUGUGUUAGUGUUUAUAUGUAAUCUUUGAUACUAUGAAUUAUUGGAGAGUGUGUAUGCAAGGCAUAGAUUGGAUCAA